AUGUCCGGCUCCUCCAACGUGGCGGCCAUGAAGAAGGUCGUGCAGCAGCUGCGCCUCGAGGCCAGCGUGAGCCGCGUGAAGGUGAGAGCCGGGGGGAAGCCGCGGGUGGAGAGGGUGCCAUUACCACUGCCGCCAUUAUUGCGCCUCGGGGGAGCGCCUACUCAUGGCUGCUCCCUGGGGCGUUAAUCUGAGCCCCGGGAGCUAUUACUCCCGCUCACACAAUUGCUUCAUAUAUUUCGUUUGCACUUCCCUUCGCUAGGCACAGGAAAAGUUGGUACGCAGCGCCUUAGCAAUGGCAGAGCGCGCGUAAAAACCCUGUGCGUAAAAUCCAACGCACUCGCCAAAAGCGGGGCGCAGGAGACACCCCAACCCGACCUUCCCAGGUUAAAACUGGCUUGAUCUCUCUCUAGCUUGGCCCGUUAGGCGCUUGUUCCCGGAAAAGCGGCUGGUCUCCGCCGCCCAGUCCCCACCCAUACUUGGAUCUCGUUAUUCCCCCUUUUUUCCCUGGGAUCUGUUGACUUUCCUGGGAUCAGUUGGAGGAGGAGGGGUUGGCUUGGGAGCGCUUCAGAAAUCGUGAAGCGGGUGCUUUGUCAUCUCGGCUUUCUCUCCCUUGGAAGCCUUUUUGUUCCUCGGAGGGAGGGAAGGAAGGAAGGGGAGGCGCAGCGAGCGAUCUGGCGAGCUGAGCCUGAGUCCGCCCAAGCCGCAAAAUGGGGAAGUGUGCGAGGCCCCGGGCAAGCGGAGGAAGAAAGAUCGCGGCGGGGCGGGGGAAUCCCCGGCUUAAAAAACAAGCACUUUUGAGCCUUUGGCCUCGGGCGUUCCGAGCAAUCCAGGCCCACUUAAGAAUGGCGAAGUUUGGUCGCUUUUCCGCCUCAAGCGCUCAAAGCACUUCGCGUCGGGAAGCGGAGUUACCAUUUGCAUACAGAACCCACGAGUAAGAUCUUUUGAGAAUGCUUGCUUCUUGAAGUGAGGACCUGGCAACCUUAUGUUCAGCGUCGCUUCGUUUGGUGACUGAUUCGUUAACUGUUAAUACACUUGUUGCGUUUUCGCCUUCCGUUCCAGCAAGGGAAAUCUGUUGUGCAAGCAAGGAUCCCACAAAUAUAUAUUUUUUAAAAUAUUUUUUAUUAAUUUUCCAACACAAAUAAACAAUCAUAUCGAAAUUUCCACAAAUUUAGUUCCAUUUGAACUUCCUUCAGCUUCUCUGACAAUCAUCCAUAUAUACCUCUCAGUUACGCAUUUCUUCUGUUUAUAUUGCCAUUAAGCUUCCCUCCCACUUCUAUUUCUUUUUAACAAUAUAUCUCAACUUUCUUGAAGUUGAGUGCUUCUUGAAACCCCACUAGCGUUGUUUGCACAUCACACGUUCUUUUCAGAUAUUCGACGAAUUUCCCCCAGUCCUCGAUGAACUUUUGGUCUCGAAGAUAUCUAAUUUCCCCAGUUAGUCUGUCCAGUUCUGCAUAGUCUGUCAGCUUCAGUCUCUAUUCUUCUGCCAUCGGUAUUUCCUCUUGUUUCCAUUUCUGGGCCAGUAGAAUUCUUGCUGCCGUAACUGCAUACUGGAAAAGUUUACAGUCCUUUCUUCUUAUUUCCUUUCCUGUAAUCCCUAAAAGAAAAAUCUCAGGUUUCUUUACAAAUGUAUAUUUUAACAUCUUUUUCAUUUCAUUGUAUAUCAUCUCCCAGAAUCCCUUCACUUUCUUACACUCCCACCACAUGUGAUAAAACGUUCCUUCUUUUUCUUUACAUUUCCAACACUUAUUACACGUCUUAUACAUUUUUGCUAAUUUUACCGGUGUGAUAUACCAUCUGUAAAACAUUUUCAUAACAUUUUCUUUUAGUGCCAUACAAGCAGUGAAUCUUAAGUUCUCCUUCCACGGUUUUUCCCAAUCCUCAAACUGUAUAUUGUAACCAAAAUCUUUGGCCCAUUGUACCAUUACCGAUUUAACUUCCUCGUCUUUCAUAUUCCAUUCCAACAAUAUUUUAUACAUUUUUGACAAAAUUUUACAAUCGUUAUUUAUCACUUCUGUCUGGAACUUUGAAUCUUUUUCUACAUAACCCCUUUCUUUAAUGUCUUUUUUAAACAUUUCAUUAACCUGAAAGUAAUGCAACCAAUCAUAAACAUGUUCUCUAACUUGUUCAUAUGGCUUUAGUUUCCAUUUUCCUCCUUCUUUGGUUAUCAAUUCACCAUAUGUAAUCCAAUUACCUCUCAUAUUUAUUUUCUUUACACUCAUAACCUCUAGUGGAGACAACCAGUGUGGAACUCUAGGUUCUAAUAGGUUUUUAUACCUAUCCCAUAUUUCUAUUAGUGGACUCCGAAAUAUGUGGUUCCCAAAACCUUUAUGAAUUUUGUUCUUUUCACACCAUAGAUACGCGUGCCAUCCAAAUCUGUUAUCAAAUCCUUCUAAAUCUAGUAACUCCUUAUUCUCUAGUUUUAUCCAUUCUUUCAACCAGCAAAGGCAUGCUGCUUCGUAGUAUAGUUGCCAGUCCGGCAGGGCAAAGCCUCCUCUUUCUUUUGCAUCCGUUAAUAACUUAAAUUUAAUUCUCGGCUUCUUGCCCUGCCAGAUAUACCUUGAAAGCGCUCUUUGCCACUCUUUAAAAAUUACUACCUCCUUUAUUAUGGGGAUAGUCUGAAACAAGAAUAACAUCUUUGGAAGGACACUCAUUUUUACCAUAGAGAUUCAACCCCCAAAAGAUAACUUCAUUCUUCCCCACAUCUCUAAAUCUUACCUUAUUCCAUUCCAGACCGGUAUAUAGUUGUUCUGAAUCAAAUCAAUGUUUUUAGGAGUUAACCAAACUCAUAAAUAUUUUACCUUUUUCACCACCUCUAUCUCUGUUCUUUGUUGCAUUAUUUCUACCAUACUUUGAUCCAUAUUUUUGGCAAUUAUUUUAGUUUUCUUCUUAUUUAGUCUGAACCCUGCCACAUUUCCAAAUUUCUCAAUCUCAUCCAAUACCUCUUUUACACUUUCUAAUGGUUCUUCAAUCGUAAUUACUAGAUCAUCUGCAAAGGCUUUCACUUUGUACUCGUUCUGACCAACUGUUACCCCUUUUAUUAAUUCAUUUUGUCUCAUCGACCUUAAAAAAACCUCUAGGACCAUUAUAAAUAGUAGUGGUGAAAGUGGACAUCCCUGUCUGGUUCCUUUUGUUAUUUUGAUAUCUUCUGUAGUCACAUUAUUAACAAUUAAUUUUGCUUUCUGCUCUGUAUAGAUUGCCUUUAUCCCAUUAAAAAACUCUAUCCCUACAUCCAUAUACUCCAAAUUCUUCAACAUAAAAUCCCAAGCAAUAUUGUCAAAGGCCUUUUCCGCAUCUACAAACAUUAAUAUAGCUUGUUUCUCAUUCCUGGCAGUCAGAUAUUCCAAAAUAUUGAUUACAUUUCUUAUGUUAUCUUUCAUCUGCCUGCCUGGAAGGAAACCCGCUUGAUCUUUGUGAAUAAUUUCUUGCAAUAUCUUUUUCAGUCUGUUCGCUAAAAUCCCUGCAAAUAUCUUGUAAUCUGUAUUGAGCAGUGAGAUAGGCCUGUAGUUUUUAACUUGUGUUAAGUCUGAGUCCUGUUUAGGGAUAAGUGUAAUAAAUGCUUCUUUCCAUGUUUCCGGGAUGUCUCUUUCUUUUAAAAUAUUAUUCAUGACUUCUUUCAAUGGUGUCAUUGAAGCAUCUCUCAGUUCUUUAUAGUAGCCUGAUGUGAAUCCAUCUGGUCCAGGGGCUUUCCCCCUUUUCAGUUCCUUUAUAGCCUCUUUUAUCUCCUCAUUUCCUAUUGGGGCAUUCAGUUGGUCUCUCUUUUCUGCCGGGAUCUUCUGCACCUUUUUUUCUUUCAAAAAUCGUUCUAUUUUCCUCAUAUUAUUUCUUUCGCUAUUUUUAUAUAGUUGUCUGUAAAAGUCCAAGAAUCCUUUUCUAAUUCCUUUCGGAUUGUCAACCUCUUCUCCGUUUACGAUAAUUUUAUUAAUUGUAUUUUGCUCCCUUCUCUUUUUGGUUUGCCACGCAAGCCAUUUACCAGAUUUGUUCGCGAAUUCAAAAUUUUUCUGUCUUAACCUUUUAAUAUUCAAUUCUAUUUAUUUAUAAUCAUUGGAAAUUGUGUUUGUAGAGUCUUAAUCUCUUGUUUUAUUUUUGAAUUAUUUGGUUUCUUAUUAUUUUUGUUCAUUGUCCAUUAUCUGCUUUAGAAUUUCUUUUUUCCCUUUUUCUCUGUUCUUAUUCUUCAAUGAAUUCUGUUGGAUAAAAAAGCCUCUCAUCACUGCCUUGCUUGCAUCCCAUACUACGCUCAUCUUCGUUCCUUUAUUACUGUUAUCCACAAAAUACUCAGUUAAUUUCUUUUGUGCUUUUUCAAUAACCUUUUGAUCGUCGAAGAGGUAAUCAUUAAUUCUCCAUCUAAAAGUUCUUUCCUCGAAUCCUUUCAAUUCCAUUUUUAUUGGAUUGUGAUCUGAAAUUAUUCUUGGUUGGAUCUCAAUUUGAAGAAUUCUUGGGGUCAAUUCGUUCGAGACCCAUAUUUGAUCUAUUCUUGACAUUGACUGAUUCGGUUCAGAAAAAUAAGUGAAUUGUUUUUCCAAUGGAUAUCUGAGUCUCCAAAUAUCGAUCAAAUUGUAAUUCUUGACCAUUGGAAAAAAAAGUCUUAGGCAGUUUUCCUUCUUUGCUUGAUCCAUCUCUUAGUCUAUCCAUUUCCAAUGAGACCACUCCAUUCAUGUCUCCCAUUACUAUAAUUUUCUGGUCCAUAUACUCAAACAGUUUUUCUUCUAAGGUUUUAUAGAAGUCUGUCUUAUUUCCAUUAGGUGCAUAGAUCCCGACAAUUAUCAAGUUCUCACCCUGCCAUUUGAUCCGUACUAUCAUCCUUCCUUCUUCAUCUUUGAAGAUUUGUUGUGAUUCAAUUUUACUUUUAAUAUAUAGAACUACCCCUCUUUUUUUCUCUUUAUCUGAAGAUACAAAUUCGUUUCCUAAUCUUUUGUUAAUCAAAAUUUUUCUGUGUUUCCUUGCGACGUGUCUCUUGUAAACAUAUAAUGUCCAGAUUUUUCUUUUUUAAGAAUUGUUCAAUUUUAUUCCGUUUUUUCCCCUCAUUCAUCCCAUUAAUAUUCCAAUUCCAUAAUUUUAGUGCCAUGGUAAUUUCCAAUUAAAUAAAUUUAGUUUAGUUUUUUCUCUUUUAUAAUUUAUCUUCUUCCUCUUCUUUUUCUUCUUCUGACUUUUUCCCAUUCACUUCUUCUUCCCCCGAUUCUGAUUCAUCCUUGGCACCUGCUCCUUUUUCUGCUCCUUUGACUUCUCCAAUUUCUCCAUCUUCUGCUUUUAGUUCCUUAUACCUUCUCAGAAACUUCCCUGUUUCUUCUGGACUCGUCAAUCUGCGCUUUUUAGUUUUGUAAAAAAAUGAAAUUCCCUCCGGAAAUUCCCACCUGAAUUCAAUGUUGUUUUUCUUAAGGACCUGUACCAAUGGUUUGUAUGGGUCUCUUCGUUUCAAUAAUCUUAUUGGUAUGUCUUUAAAGAUGAUUAUGUAACUUCCAUCUAUAUACAGUCUUUUCUCUCUGUUCUUCUAUAGUAUCAAAUUUCUCAUUUCCCUAUCCUUAAAAGUGAUUAAACAGUCUCCUGGGAAUUUUCUUGUUUUAGAUGUUCUUACUCUCAUUCUGAAUGCAUUUUGUACUGUUUUAGCUACCUCUUCUAUUUGUAAUUCCAUCCAUUGGGCUAAUUCCGAUAUCAAUCUCUCUUUGAUAUUUUUGUUCUGAAUUUCCGGAAUGGCUCUCAGCCUCAGGUUGAUUUCACUCUGUCGCAGUUCAUUCAUAGCAAUCGAAUCUUUAAUUUCUUCUUGUGAUUUAUUUAAUUCCAACGUCUCCACUCUGAUCCUCUCUUCUUCUCGCUUCACCUCAUUUCUUGUUUCGUCCUCUUAAAUCCCUCCUCCAGCGAUUGAGUUCUCUUAGAUACCUCUUUUAAUUGACCUUUAAGUUCAUUAACUGUCUCAUCAAUUUUUUUAUCCAUUUUCCCAAUCUUAUUAUCUACUGAUUCUAAUUUUGAUUCUAAAUUCUUUUCACUUUUUUUUUAUUUCAGCAAACAUCUUCAAAAUUUCUGCUUUAAACUCUGUUUCUUGUUUAGACCCUUUCCUCUCUGCUGGUGUCCGCCCAUCUGCCCCCUUCUUUUGCUGGUGUGUCAUCUUUAUUAAAUAUUCUAACAGUCUUCAAAUAUUAAUUAAAACCAAUUUUUACACUAUCAAUUUUCCAGUUUAUAAUUAUAACAUAUAAUUUAACUGAAAUUUGGGGAUGAUGAGGAGUAUGAGAUCAAAGCAGAAACUGGAACAAAACAAUCUUCUUGCCACCACUUAGGCUAUUCCUCCGGGGGGGGAAAAAAAGAUUGCUUCCCAAAUUAAUCCAAUACCUUGCCCAAAGGAGAAGGAAUUUCCAAAAAUUUCCAAAAAUCUUCCCAUGAAAAACCCUUUUCAAAAUUAUAUCCAAUUGACAACGUUCCGAAAAAUUAUGUCCAAGUGACAGAAUUCCAGAGGCGUAAUUCCAAAAAAAAUGAAGAAAAGAAAACAGUAAGAAAACAAGCGCAGAUUACUUCCCCAAACUAAAGAGGCACAGGUCACUUCUCAGUAUUAUAUCCCUUCACCAGGAAGAAAGAAUCGAAGAAAAACAAAUUGUAGUAUCUCGUUCCUUCCACUAGGAUAACAGACACCUCCUUUAGUAUACGCAGUUUUAAAUUUAGAGGCUCCCAAUUAAUAAAAAAAAGAGAAAAGAAAAGUAAGUAGUUGCAAAUAUUAAUGUACUUAAAUGACAGAGGCAGCUAUAAUCCUUUUUGGUAUUAAAGAUUCCAAUAAUAAAGUCUAAAAAAAGAAAAACAACCUUUAUCCGCUGUUUCCACCUUACCAUUGUUCCAACAAAGUUUUAAUAAUGGAGUCGGAAGCUCCUUUUCCGCUUCAGAGUUCUUUGUUCUUUUAAAAGUGAAAGUAACCAAGCAUUUUAGUCCUCUGUGUUUCCCUCUGUUACAUCAAAGACCUCAAACUUCUCCAAUCUUAACUCUCUGCUCUCCCUUUCUAGCUUUAGCAGCCUUAAUACUUUGUAGCUUCUUAAAGAGUUACUUUUAAAUAAAAUUCUAGGAGAGAAAGAAAACAGUAACCGCCAGUGGCAAUUCACUUUCCCUUUCCAGCUCUACGCGCUGCGUUGCGUCUGUCCUGAUUCCAGAUGACAGCUGAACUCCAACUUUUCUCUUUAUGUUUCGAAUCCUUCCUUAUUUUGUUGCUAUAAAAUUAUAAUCCAAUUUGGUCCGAAUUUCUUCUAUUUGAGAAUGGAGCGCUUCUCUUGCAAGCUCGGGGCUUCGCUAUUCGGGUGUAGAAAAUGGCUUCCCGCAGCCCCGCUCCACCGUUCUCUUCGCUCCUUUUGGAGUUACCUGACGGCCGGGCGGGCUGCUCCUGGCUUUGCUGGGAACCUGUCACUCCGGAUAUCCCCCCAGAGAUUAAAUUUGGGGGCUACUGCGCCCUGUAGCUCCCCCUAUCACCCGAAAUAGCGCAGGAUUCUCCUCACGGAAAAAUCCUCGCUUGUGGCAGGAUCGCGCUCCACCGGAAGUCUCAGGAUCCCACAAAUAUUAUUCCUCUGGUGCCACCAUGUCUCCGUAGGGAAACGUGGCUCUUUCAGAGCAAGAGACUUAGCCCCCAGGAUAUCCACAUCUAGACAUCUUCUAUUUGUGUUUUUCUUGUGAGAAUACCUUACAGUUCUGCAGUGGAGGGGGGGCAACCUGUGGCCUUCAAGAUCUUGUUGGACUUUCAGCUCCCACCACGGUUGCCAAUUGGUUGUACUGGCUGGGACUGAUGAGAGGUGGAGGGCAGCAUGUGGGGAGCCACAGAUCUCCCCCCCGCCCCAAGUUAGAGGUGUAGUGCCAGAUUCUUCUGUGACAUCUCCCAUUAAUAAGAGUUCAGAUGGCUGGUCUUAAAGGCAGUGGUGCUAAGUAGGACUGAUGUGUGGCCUCAUGGGGGGCUGAUGCAGAUCACCGCAUCCUUCCUGGUUUUAAAAAGUAGUAUAGUCAACUGAGUGUGUACACAAAUACAGGUGCUCACUUUACUAAUUUUGCUUUACCAAAUGUAUAGUAAGGUAAAGGUAAAGCGACCCCUGACCAUUAGGUCCAGUCGUGACCGACUCGGGUUGCGGUGCUCAUCUCGCUUUACUGGCUGAGGGAGCCUGCGUACAGCUUCCAGGUCAUGUGGCCAGCAUGACUAAUGGCGAACCAGAGCAGCACACAGAAACACCGUUUACCUUCCCGCCGGAGCGAUACCUAUUUAUCUACUUGCACUUUGACGUGCUUUCAAACUGCUAGGUUGGCAGGAGCAAGGACCGGGCAACGGGAGCUCACCCCAUCGCGGGGAUUCGAACCGCCGACCUUCUGAUCGGCAAGUCCUAGGCACUGUGGUUUAACCCACAGUGCCACCCGCAUCCCUAAAUGUACAGUAUUUGUAUACCAGAUUAUGCUUACUCCCCAGAUUGCAUGACGGCGGCUCUGAUUUGAUGUUCUUUGUUAGCUUUUGUUCUAAAGCAUGUAGAGUGGGUGAAGAAAUACUAUGUACUUGAUGACUCAAAUAAUACACCCAGCUGUCAGAAGGUUCGUCCAUGAAGUCUAGGAUCAAAAAUUACCUAGCUGUGCUGCUUCUUGGAGAUCUGCUGCCAGUGAAGGAAAACAAUUAGGCUUGGGCCAGAUCAGUCCAACUGGUACCUUGGGGGGUGGGGUGAGGAAUCCAUUUUGAUUUCUGAUUAGUAUAUGCAUAUUAACAUCCUAUUAAGUAUAUUACUGAAUCAUGUGAAUUUGUUCUAGGUUUCACAAGCUGCAGCUGACUUGAAGCAGUUUUGCCUGCAGAAUGCGCAUCAUGACCCCCUACUAACAGGAGUUUCUUCAAGUACAAAUCCAUUUAGGCCGCAGAAAGUGUGUUCAUUUCUCUAACUUGUGUGACCUACGUGGACUCUUUUAGUGGUAAGCUUUUAAGUGAAUUCUAUGGCUUAGGCGUCUUUAUAAAAGAGAUGGGGAAUCUGCAGCCCUCUAGAUGCUGUUGGACUUCAGCUCCCUCAUCUCCAGCUAGCAUGUCCCAAGGGUUAGGGAUGCUGGAAGCUGUAGCCCAGGAACAUAUUCCUCACCCUACCCAAAAUAAUUAUGGUUCCAUUCCUUAUGCUACAGAGUUAUGCUACUAACACCCACUUGAGUUGAAUGCUAGAUAUGCUUUCUAGAAAGUAAGUCCCACUGUGUUCUAUAGGACUUUCUCCUAGGCAAGUGUAUAGUAGUGCAGCUUAAGUUUCACCAGUUUCCCGGCUAAGAACUUGUUAUUGUGAAUCAUAAAUGAGAACUAAUUGUGCAUAGCUACUAACAUACUGUAAUUUUUAAAUAAUUAAAUUUUGUGAAGAUACAGGGCUCCAUUUACCGUUUCACAUUAAAAACUUCUUAGUGACUUUUGAUAGAACUAAUGUUAAAUCUCUUGGCUGCCUGUGAGCUGGGGCAGUCAUCCUUUCCUAACCUUGUGCUGCAGUCCAAUGCCUAUUGACCUCAGCCAACGUGAUGGGAAAUGUAGGCCAAAACAGCUGGAAGGCACCAGGUUGGUGAAGCUGGUCUAUGUAGGAUAUAUGAAUGAGCAGAUAAUCCCAUGUGCCAUAUGAUCUUUGGGGGAAAACCUGCUGUAUGUUCUCUCAGCGACAGAUACACAGAUGAGGGCUAGCUAGCCUUCAGCCUUCCUAGAGCACCCAUCUCCCUGCAACUCCUAAGUAAAAUAAGCCUGACUAGCAAACUUCCUUUGUAACUUAAAAAACAUUUAGUGGCCACAUGGGAGGAAAGCUGCUUUUUUUGUUGUUUUUUUGCAUCUUAGCAAUUUUGUUUAGCUCUAUGUAUUUGGAAUUGCAGACAGAAGAGCUCAGUUGAAGGAGUUAGUAGUUUUCAGAAUUCACACAUACCAGCAAAUAGUUUUCCUGCAAUGAGUUUUUCUUUUGUGUUUUUCAGAUCUAAUCUGUUGUGGGUUUGGUGAAUAUGGAAGUGAAAGAGAGUGA